GAGCUUUUGACCGCAGCCAACUUCAAUCACGCGCUAAGAUUCUAAAGUUUAUAGUUUGUGGACAAGCAAUCUAGAAAAUGGGCGACCACGGCUUUUUAAAUUACGUUAAACGAGUUAUCCAUUCAUUAGUAGUGUCGACGCCGGAUCGCGUAACUAUAGAAAGAUUAAAGCGUGACUAUGCAAACGAGGAAGGCUGCCCAGUGCCGUACAACAGUCUCGGCUUCAAAGACAUCGAAAGCUUUUUGCGCUCAAUUCCCGACACAGUUGAGUUAGUGGGCUACGGGCCGAUGGCAUACGUCUUGGCAAAGAGUAACGCCAAGACCGCCCACAUCCAAGCCCUGGUGCAGUGCCAAAAGAGGCCAAGCAAUAAGCAAAAAAAUCGAAAACGUGGCAAACCCCUAUUCUGUUAUCCCUCAGAACGAUCUGACAUCGUGUUUAUCAAUGAGUAUCACAAAUCGAACAAUGUGCUACUGAAUAAUUACAACAAUUACAACAAUUAUCGAAUGCAUUACGAUUCCAAUUCGUCUGCUAACCAAUAUGUCAAGCAACCGCCGCAAACUCAAACUUCAGUUGUUCGCCAGGACAAUUUAACAAAGGAAAUGAAUUCUAUAACUAAUUCGAUUUCAAAAUGUAAAAUUGCUAAUGCUGAGAAUUCCUCUUCGGCUGCAGAAAACAGUUUGGAAAUCUAUGUUGAAAAGGACGAAAUUGACGAAAGUCCAGAUAAUCUCAAGUUGCCUAACAAAUCUCUCUCAAAGAACAAUAGGAACCGCAGUCCACAAUAUAUAUCAUCUGAUGAGGGUUGCGAUGAAGAUGCUGAGCCGGAAUAUUCUGUGGAUAAAGAAAUAUUAAAUUACAAAUAUGCCGAGGUUGCCGGUUGUACCAAUUUAAUUAAUGUAGAAUCCAAUGCUCAGAGCAGUUGGACAGACCAGAAUCUUGAUUAUAGCUCCUCGGAUGAAGGCAGUGAAUCGGAUGCCAUUCCGGUCUUUGCUGUGGACCAAAAUGUCUUGAGUGUGGAAUAUCCUAGGGAUGCAGUUCGCUUUGAUUAUCGAUUGCCCAAACAAAAUGUGCAUAAAAAAUUCAAAUUGGAAGAGCGCGUUGAAGUGCAGCUUGUGACGGUUGCUAGUCCGCAUAGCUUCUAUUUUUGGCUACAUGACGAAGAUUACGAGCAGUACAAAGGCAUGUCCUACAGCAUGCAACAAUUUUACAGCAUCAUUAAUGAGUAUAGCUAUACGAUUCCAUUAUUUUUAAUAAUGGUUGGUCAUUUGGGUGCUGUUCAUGUGAGGGAAGAAAUUUGGCACCGCGUAAAAGUCUUAAAUAUCAAAGCUGGCAGCAGAAUGAAUGUGGAGGUGGAACUUAUAGAUACGGGCGACCGCAUGUGGAUAUGCCAUACUGAUCUGAAGUAUUUGUGCAAAGACUUUGCCAGAUUGCCACCCCAAUGCUGGCCGGGCAGACUGGCCUGCAUAACACCCAGGCAGGGUAAAUGCUUUUCUAUGGAGGCCAGCAACUACUUUUACGAUAUUGUCUGCUAUCGUAGACUCUAUGCGAAAAUUGAGAAGAUAAACGAUGCUGAUAAUACCUGCACUAUGAUACUGGUUGAUCCAAAUAGUUCGCUGCAUACCAAGAACAUUAACAUGGCGCUCAUCGAGUCUGGUUGGGUGCGUCGCUGUUACAAGCCAUAAGAUUUUUUAGAACUUAAAAUAG